UCGUGUUCGUUCGGGGGGGGGGGGCGGUGCUGUCGGUUCGGACACUUGGUUGCGAAAUGGUUAAAGCGAGCGUGCGCGUGUGUGAGCAUGUGCUGCAGUUUGCGCUCCGGCCGGCGGAGAGGCGGCGGAGGAGAAGCCGGUGAGAGAGAAGCAGCAGGCGGCCGCAGACAGCGCGGAACCUCCGGGCUGCAUCCCGCCGGAGCCCGAAGCUGAAGGCCUACGUCUCAUGAGCUGAAACAGGAAGCUCAACACAAGGAUGGUGACCUUGGCAACCCUAGAGGCUCCUGUGCCUCUAACGCCGCUCUCACGGUGGUACCUGUAUGCCAUUCAUGGCUACUUCUGCGAGGUCAUGUUCACUGCUGCCUGGGAGUUCGUGGUCAACUGCAACUGGAAAUUCCCUGGUGUGACCAGCGUGUGGGCGCUCUUCAUCUAUGGUACCUGCAUUCUCAUUGUAGAGCAGAUGUAUCUGAAGCUGCGCGACCGCUGCCCGGUACUGCUGCGCUGCAUCAUCUACACGCUAUGGACGUACCUGUGGGAAUUUGGCACCGGGCUGUUGCUGCGCCAGUUCAACGCCUGCCCCUGGGACUACUCCGAGUUCCGCUACAACUUCAUGGGCCUCAUCACGGCUGAGUACGCUGUGCCCUGGUUCUGCGCCUCUUUCAUUGUAGAGCGCCUGGUCAUCCGCAAAACACUACGGCUGCGCUUCCACGAGGGGCCUGAAGAUGGUUGGAAGGGCGGCAGCGGCAGAGGAGGAUCAGGAAGAACAGGGGGUGGGAGAAGAGAAAGGGGCAGAGGGAUGGCAACUAAUGCCAACGGCUACCUUAAAGGAGAAUGAGUGUAUCCUGGAACGACGGGUAGGCAAUCUGAACCCUGCUCAGAUGCCUUUCUAACAGUGACACAGCCUGGGCUGGUGCGCAGCCGUGGGGACUGCUGUCAACAGCCAGACAACUAAGGCUGAACAGGGCUCCAAUCACUCACCGUCCUCAACUGUCAACGGAUAAGGGACGCAAUAACUGUGCAUCUUCUAAUACUCCCACCCAUUCCACGUGGAGGUGACCUUAGGGAGAUCAGAAAUGGUUUUAGGGAGCUUUGAUCACCCAGGAUUGUACUUUUAUCUUGAUUUUCUCAUCUACUAAAAAUUGUGGAAUGAAAGCGUGCUGCUGACUGAGUAGUUUAAAGAAACGAUUCCAAAACAAGAUUACCAGAAUGGUUGCUUUAAGGAUGACAUAAAAAACCAGACCUGCAGGAGUCCUUUUAAAUUUUUUACACAUGCUCAUUACGUAUUAAUCAAAGUGCUGUAGUAAAGUAGCUGCAAAAUGCUGAUUAGAUGCAUAAUGUGUCCACCCUGGAGCCAUGCGCCACCUUCCAUCACAAAGAAUGUUCUGCUACUGCCUGAAAAUACUGCAUUGAAACGAAACUGUCUUCCAAACUAAUACACUUCUACUUUUCAUUCAGCAGUCACUUCGAGUGGUCGGGCCCCUUGUCCAAUAAUAAUGCCCAGUUCCCAAUCUGUCCCUAUAAACAGCAUGCAAAGUGUCCUUGAGCUAGGCGCUAAAGCCCAAACAGCUCCAUUUCAGCAGGUCGCGGCCUUGUAUGACAGCUUAGCAACUCUGCCGCCAUCACUGUAGGAACAUGCAUGUGUGAACAUGAAUGACCCGCGUUGCACCGCUCUCUGGAUAACGACACUAAAUGAAGGAAGUCUGUUUAGCUUUAUGGUAAGAAUCAUCAGGACAGAUGAUCAAACCUCAUUUUCAUGGCUCGCUGUCUGCAUGUCUGUGUUUGUGUGCUUUAAAGUCAGCAUUUCACUUGCACGUCUUAAACCUGUCAGGGUCAGUUAAACCUCACAGUUAGUUGAUGGUUGAAGAUAUCUUGAAAUUUUGUGCUUGGACUUUAGACUUUGAUAUGUUUCAUUGCUCAUUCAUGUGGCUUCUUCAGGCUAAAUUAUAUUAACAUGGCAGGCUCAUUUAUCCCCUACAGUUUGAGAAAACCAAAACCGAGAACAUGCGUUGAUGUUGCAGUGGAGAGUUGAUGAGGUCAUUGGCUGUGCUUCCAUUGAUUAUCAUGUGAUGUACCCUUCAUUUUCCUGGGGAGGGUAAGUGGCAUUUUCAGAAAGAUGGUGGCUAAAAGCAAGUUUUUAUUUCUGCAUAAUUUUUUUUACUCCUUUGUUUAAACUUCUGCCACCUUCUCUCUGAUAUACAGGAUAGGAGUUGGAUUCUGAUUAUAUAAACUGGCUUCCAUUCCAGGCGCGUGCUUUAGGCCAUCAGGUUUUGUCGUUGGACACAACAGUUUGUCUGCAUUAGCAAAGUACACCCAACUGUAAAUGGUAUGGGCCUUAGCUGGGGCUUAGCUGUGAUGCACCGGUGCCCUGUUGAGGGGACGUUGUAGACUACUUCACAGUAUAGUAUCUAACAGACCUUAGUUGAUCUGUGACCUGUACAGACCACCUCCAUUGGUUCGACAGUUGAAAGGAGCAUGUUAAAAGCAGACUUCCUCUGCCACCUUGCACUGUGUUAGACUCUAGGCAGUCUGGUGCAGGCUUGAUGCACUUUGCGAUCCAAGCAGUGAAAUAAUUACUGCAAAAUAUCAGGAGCUGAGGAUGGAGUGUGUGCGCUGUGUUUUCCCCAUGUUGUAAGGUCACUGAGUAUGGAAAAACAUGCAAAAAGCAAAACUUUUUACAGGUGGUGCACCCCUCAGAAAGCAAUGUUGUGUUUAUUGCCCCUCCACCCCCCACAUUUUUUAUCUGAAAAAUUAUUUGAUCUUUGACUAAAACUGUGGAUUCAAGCUGUGAGUUUUGUGAUCUCUUACUCCCCUAGUAUCUAGGGAUAAGCACAGGCCUCUGGGCCUGUUUGUUACUUACUUCUUACUGUUGAAUAUCUGUGUGGCCAUCGGUAGACGAGAGCAUUUUGGAACUGACAUGCAGCCCUCCCAACUCUCAGUAGCAAAUUGUUUCUGCUGCAUAUUACUAUAAUAGAUGCUGAUUGACUGUGAAGUGGUGAGCCUGGUUGGAACCAGAAGGUUAUAGGAUUGAUGCCCCUAUAAGCAUAGAAAGAUGAAAGAACAGAACAUGUCACUGUCAUGGUUGUAGCAAAAUGUCCCUAUGCAUAGAUCCAUAAUUUAAGGCAGGUAAAAGCAGGUUUAUCGGUGCAAUUUAUACAGCAGAGGACAGCCUUUUUCAUUCUAAGAGGCAGCAAGCAGGUUGUCCAAACUACAAGCAGUAGGCCAGUACACAGAUUUAUCACAUCAGGCAAACAAAUCCAAGACAGCAGGCAACUCAGGAACCUUCAGUUGACGGCCUAUGUUUGUUAACAGACAGGCAAAAAUGUUAGAAAACACUGUUAAUCAGAACAUGAGAAGUCAGGAAGAACUUAAACAAUCUGGUGAUGAGGGAACGCUCUAAUAGAGGUGAUAAACAAAUAGUCAGGUUAAGGUACACAAAAUGAACAUGGAAGAAAUGUAAAAUUAAAUGCUCCAGAGAACCUUUACCACGAGGGAGACUUAGCCACAUAACACGGAGUGUAAAAGUAACACACAAAGAAUAUUC